AUGGGCUACAUUGUCCACAUGGACAAGUCGUCCAUGCCGGCGCACCACGCCGACCACCGCGACUGGUACGCCGCCGCCGUCGCGUCUAUAACCGACGCGUCCGCGGACGGCCGCGCCGGCCCGCAGCUCCUCUACACUUACGACGAGGCGCUCCACGGCUUCGCGGCGACCUUAUCCGCCUCCGAGCUCCGCACCGUCCGCGGCACUCCGGGCUUCGUCUCGGCGUACCCGGACCGCCGCGCCACGACGCUUCACGACACCACGCAUUCCAUGGAGUUCCUUGGUCUCAACUCCGCCAGCGGGCUGUGGCCGGCGGCCAAGUUCGGCGAGGGCGUCAUCAUCGGCAUGAUCGACACCGGGGUAUGGCCCGAGAGCGCGAGCUUCAACGACGCCGACAUGCCCCCGGUCCCGCCCCGGUGGCGCGGCACCUGCGAACCGGGCGUCCAAUUCACGCCCUCCCUGUGCAACCGGAAGCUCAUCGGAGCGCGCUACUUCAACAAGGGCCUGGUCGCCUCGAACCCGGGCAUCAAAAUCUCCAUGAACUCGACGCGCGACAUGAACGGCCACGGUACUCACACGUCGUCCAUGGCAGGAGGCAGCGCGGUGCCGUGCGCGUCCUACUUCGGGUACGGGCGCGGCACGGCGCGCGGCGUUGCCCCACGCGCCCACGUCGCCAUGUACAAGGUCAUCUGGCCCGAGGGGCAGUACGCGUCCGACGUGCUGGCCGGCAUGGACGCGGCCAUCGCCGACGGCGUCGACAUCAUCUCCAUCUCCAGUGGUUUCGAUGGCGCGCCGCUGUACGAAGACCCCGUGGCGAUCGCCGCCUUCGCCGCCAUCGAGCGCGUCGCGGCCGGCACGGUGGAUCGGAAGAUGUUUGCCGGCACGGUGUACUACGACGACAUGCGAGGUAGCAUCGGCGGCGUCACCACGUACCCGGAGAACGCUUGGAUAGUGUACACGAGGUUGGUGUACAACGACAUCGUAUCAGCGUGCAACUCAAAAGAGGCGCUGGCCAAUUCAACGACCGCUAUAGUUGUGUGCCGUGACACGGGGGCGCUGGUUGAGCAGCUGAACACAGUCGCGGAGGCCGGGGUCGCCGGAGCCAUCUUCAUCUCAGACGAUGCCGACUACGAUGACUCCAUGCCUCUCCCGGCUGUUAUUAUCAGCCCAGAAGACGCACCAGCGCUGCUGAACUACAUCAACUCCAUCACGGUCCCAACGGCCGCCAUGAAGUUCCAGCAGACGAUCCUCGGCGCACGGCCGGCGCCGGUGGUCACCUCCUACUCGUCUCGUGGGCCGUCGCCGAGCUACGCCGGCGUGCUCAAACCAGACAUCCUGGCACCAGGAGACCACAUCCUCGCGUCCGUGGCGCCGGUACUCCCGUUCGCGAUGGUAGGCCAAACGCAACUGACCAGCAACUUCCUGGUGGAGUCCGGGACGUCCAUGGCUUGCCCGCACGCCAGCGGCGUCGCGGCGCUGCUGCGUGCGGUGCACCCGGACUGGAGCCCGGCCAUGAUCAAGUCGGCGAUAAUGACCACGGCGACUGAGACCGACAACACCAACAAUCCGAUCACGGCCGCUGGCGAGGGGAACGCCACCGUCGCGAGCCCCCUGGACAUGGGCUCAGGCCAUGUCGACCCCAACGCGGCCAUGGACCCAGGGCUGGUGUUCGACGCCGGGCCGGAGGACUUCGUCGCGCUCCUCUGCGCCGCCAACUACACCAACGCCCAGAUCAUGGCGAUCACGAGCAACGUCGAGGUGGCCGUGUCGCCGGGGACGCUGAAGUUCAGCACGGUGGGGCAGACAGCGACGUUCGAGGUGGUCAUCAAGCUCACGGCGCAUACCGGCGGCGAGCCUGCUUUCGGGGCCGUAGUUUGGGCCGAUGUCAGUGGCAAGUACAGGGUGAGGACUCCUUACAUGCUUUAG